GCUCAGCAGCUGCAGCCAUCGCACCUUUAACAAAAGCAGGAGCAACUAAAUAAGAAUCCUCAUCAUGAAAUUCCUGUGUGUCUUCGUUGCGUUGGCCCUGUGCCUGGCAAGCUGCCUGGCGGCUGUUUCUGAGCCCGCAGUAGCAGCUGAAGCAGCGCCUGAAGCUGAGCUGGAGUCGACAGUGGGCGAGAAGAAGACGGAAAAGCGUGGCAUCUAUGGCUUUGGCUAUGGUCAUUAUGGCCAUGGGUAUGGCGGCUAUGGACUAGGACAUGGACAUUAUGGCGGCUAUGGCCUGGCCACACCUUACUAUGGCGGCUAUGAGUACGUGCAUCACGCUGCGCCCUACUAUGGAGGCCAUCAUGGCUAUUACCCGUAUCAUCAUGGUCAUUAUGGUUACUAUUGAGCUUAGCUGGGACUUAUGAUAUCGCAUUAUAUACAAACACUCAUCGCUACAC